AAGAGGCAGAUACAGAGGAACACCAGUAUCCCUCGGUGUUCCCAACCUUUUCCACUAGAGCUUUUCUAUCACUUUACCUCAACCUCAAAUUCAGAACCAACCCUUUUCUUCUUUCAUAAAGUUGAGAAAACCCAUUUAAUAGUAGAGAAUAAAAAGGAAUCAUUCUUCUCCAAUUUCAGCUAUUUCGAUCACUGACUCAGUGGUGACUCAGGUCCAGAAACGCGUUCUGGGGCGUUAAGCAAGCCGAAUUGACAAACCCUGUUUGUGGAUCAUCCUUGAUCAAUGGAGAGUUGUGCAGAGAUCGAGAAUGGGCCAGUCGGUGAUGUGGAAAACACGAUUUUUGUGGCGGUUGGUAAGAGGGUGGAGAAGAGCAAAACGGCUCUGUUUUGGGCUGUGAAGAACUUUUCAGGGAAGAGAGUAUGUGUACUUCAUGUUCAUCAACCUGAGAAUACAUACGCGUCCGUGAACAAAAAGGUUUCAGCUAACAAAUUGAAACAACAGGCAGUCAAGGCUUCCUACGAACGUGAAAGGCAAAAUAUGAUGAAACUUCUCAAUCAAUACCUCCUUAUUCUUGCCCAAAAGGGGGUGCGGGCUUAUAAACUGUGGAUUGAAAUGGAAAAUAUUGAGAAAGGGAUUGUAGAAAUCAUUGCUCAGAAGAAUAUAAAAUGGCUUGUCAUGGGAGCUGCAGCAGAUAAAUAUUAUUCAAAGAAAAUGGCUGAGCUCAAGUCCAAGAAAGCGAUCUUUGUAUGCCAACAAGCACCACUUUCCUGUCAUAUUUGGUUUGCUUGCAAGGGUUACCUCAUUUACACAAGGGGAAGUAGACAGGUUGAAACUGAAAUAGAGGUUUCUCCUCCUUUGCUGCUACUGAAUAAAAAUGUGGAGAGCAAGCAAUCUGCGAACCUGAUAUCAGAAUCUAUUACAUAUAAGCAGAAAUCCUUUGAUUUGUCCUCCCUGAAGAGUAGCGGAAGAAUGAUGUUACUACAGUACCAUGCAAAUACAGAAGAAAAUGCUGAUGAAUGGGAUGGAAUGUCAAGAAGGUCCAGUUCUCCACGUCUAUCGAGUUCAAAUUGGUCAAACAAAGGAGAGGUUGACAGUUUACAUUCUACCCUCUGUCUGAAGGAUGAAGCACAAGAGGAAGAUUCAAUUUUACCCUCAGUACAAAAAGCCAAUGAUGGUCAUCAUUAUUCACCAUCUAUUAUUUUUCUGGACGAAAAAAAUCAAGGACUGGCAACUGACGGAAGUUAUGAUAGACUAGAACAAGCCAUUAUGUAUACUAAAAACUCAAAGCAGGAUGCAUUUGAAGAGUCAGUUAAGCGAUGGCAAGCAGAAGAUGAUGCCAUGGAGGCCAUACGCAAGGCCAAAGAAACUGAAACAUUACACACCAAGCAUAUGAGCAAAAGGAAAGAACUGGAGGAAGAGCUAGCAAGAGGAAAGAGAGAAGUAGAAAGGAUGAAGAAUCAACAGGAUGAACUCAUGAAAGAACUCCAGAUGGUCCAGGACCAGAGAUCAAUACUGGAGGGCCGAAUUGCAGAAUCACAUUCAUCAGAGAAGGAGUUGGAGGAGAAGAUCAUCUCAGCUGUGAAACUCUUGAUAAGUAUAAAGCAGAAACGGGAUGAACUGCUAAUAGAGCACAAAAAUGCAAUUAGAGAAGUCAAUGAACUAAGAGGAUCAGUACAAGAGGAGGCUGCAAGCUUUUGCACACCACAGUUCUUGUCUUUCUCUUUCAUGGAGAUCAAUGAAGCAACCAACAAUUUUGAUCCAUCAUGGAAGAUUGGAGAAGGAAGUUAUGGAAGUGUCUAUAAAGGGGUUCUUCGCCACAUGCAUGUAGCUAUAAAAAUGCUGCCUUUUUAUGGCUCUCAAGACCACUUGGAGUUCCAGCAUGAGGUGGAGGUUUCGUGUAGGGUGAGGCAUCCAAAUCUCAUGACCCUCAUUGGAACAUGUCCAGAAUCUAGGUCACUUAUUUAUGAGUACCUCCAAAAUGGAAGCCUUGAAGACCGGCUCACCUGCAGGAACAGAACUCCCCCUCUUCCAUGGCAAACUCGAAUACGCAUUGCCACAGAGAUAUGUUCUGCCCUUAUCUUCCUUCACUCCAACAAGCCUUCAAUCAUCCAUGGAAAUCUGAAGCCCACCAAGGUGCUCCUUGAUGGAAAUUAUGUUUGCAAGCUCGGUGACUUGGACAUCUUGCGUUUAAUCCCUUCAGGUGAAAAUAUGACUAAAACCAGCCCAAAGAGUACCUCUGCUUAUAUGGACCCAGAAUUUCUUGAGACUGGAGAACUUGCUCCAGAGUUGGAUGUAUACUCAUUUGGAAUUAUAAUGAUGCGGCUUUUAACUGGGAGACCAGCGUUGGGAAUAGUGAACGAUGUCAAAUGUGCACUAGAGAAUGAAGUUUUUAAUGCAGUUUUAGACUUUUCAGCUGGGGACUGGCCACUUGAGCAAGCAAAUCAGCUGGCUCACUUGGCAUUGAGAUGCUGCGAGAAAAAUCACUUCAAUCGGCCUGAUCUUGCAUCCGAAGUAUGGAGUGUUCUUGAGGCAAUGAUGGUUUCAUGUACCACCUCAGCAACAUGCUUGGGAUCCCGACCCCAUCGCCGCAUUCCUUCUCAUUUCAUUUGUCCCAUUUUCCAGGAAGUGAUGAAAGAUCCACAUAUAGCAGCAGAUGGGUUCACAUAUGAGGCUGAUGCAAUCAAAGGAUGGCUGGAAAGUGGCCACAACACUUCACCAAUGACCAAUCUUAAGCUAUCAGACUGCAAUUUACUGCCCAAUUAUGCCCUACUUUAUGCUAUUCAGGAGUGGCAGCAACGAUCAUGAAACUCCCUUCUUCGUCAUUUCUGCUUCUGCUUUCGUAAAUCGACAUAUAGCAAUCGGGUCUCGGUGCAAAUUAAGCAUUGUACUCGACACCAAUAAAAGUCUUAUUGUUUAAAAAGCCUAGAGACCGAGCAUGGCUUCACAUGAAUGUUGGUAGAAACCAAACUGGAGGUCGCAUGACAUUUGCAAAUGAUCCAAUAUGUAAAGUUGUGCAACUAUUCUAUCUUCCAAACUGCAUACACGAAUGUAAAAGGGCUCUCACAUUCUGUCACGGAAGUAUAUAGAAUUUGGCUGACAUCCUACGAAAUUCGUCCCAA